CGGUGAGAUCGAGGACGGGCCCCCUUUCGCCACGGGCCCUAGUGCAGCUGCACUCCUUGCACUCCCUAUAGUUACGCCACUGAUUUAACUUAUCCCCUUUUCAGCAAAAGGUGCGCGCGGGGAAAAAACGAGCUACCGGUCUUUAUUGCAUGACUACAUCUUACGAUGAAACACUUAAAAGCGGUCAUAUUUUAGAGAAGUGGUGGAAGUGUGACACAAGUGCAGGCUACCCGUUUCCCGACUUCAUAACACACGACAGAAAGGAUAUAAUUUUGAAGAGAAGUCACAAUGAGGAUGAGGACAUCCUGUUACAUUAAAUUGGCGGCUGUGCUUUUGAUUGGAACACUCUGUCUGGUGUUUAUCUUUAGGAAAGAGGCCCACCCUGCAGAUGAGCCGUCAGAUAACAUGCCAGUACACACAAAGGAAUCAAACCGUAACCAAAUAACUAAGAAACCAGUCAGUGUGCAAUCAGAUGCCAUCACAUGGCCACCUUGUCAGCGUAAUGAAUCUGCAUCCAACGUGACAGGCUUUUCUUCACUUCCCGGCCACAUCCAAGACUUCCUGUAUUAUCGUCACUGCCGCCACUUUCCCAUGCUGCUUGACGUACCUGAUAAAUGUGGAGGUCCACAGAACUCUGCCGAUGUCUUCCUUCUGCUGGUUAUUAAGAGCUUGCCCUGGAACUAUGACCGCAGGGAGGUUCUACGUAAAACCUGGGCAGAGGAGAGAAUCCAGAAUGGGGUGUGGGUGCGUCGACUCUUCAUCUCAGGAACCACAAGCUCGGGAUAUGAGAAGUCAAAGCUGAACAACUUACUGGAGCUGGAAAACAAAGAACAUCAUGACAUCUUGCAAUGGGACUUCAGUGACACUUUCUUCAAUCUAACACUGAAGCAGAUUCUGUUUCUCGAGUGGAUGGAGAGGAACUGCCCAAAUGCUCGCUUCCUGCUUAACGGUGAUGAUGACAUCUUCGCCAACACAGAUAACAUGGUGGAAUACACUCAAAGCCUCAAGGACAAUGAUGGAAGCAAGCAUCUGUUUGCAGGUCAUCUCAUUCAAUAUGUUGGACCCAUCAGAGACCGAGGGAGCAAGUACUAUGUGCCAGUUCAGGUACAAGAGUCAGAAACAUACCCCCCCUAUUGUGGAGGAGGGGGCUUCCUCUUGUCAGGCUAUACAGCUAUGGUCAUAUACAAAAUGUCUCAGUCAAUAACCAUAUUGCCCAUUGAUGAUGUUUACAUGGGGAUGUGCCUGCAAAAGGCUGGUCUUGGCCCGGAGUCCCAUGUUGGUGUCAGAACUGCAGGACUGCGCAUUCCUUCAGAGAGGCUGGAUGCAUUUGACCCUUGUUUUUACAGGGAAAUGAUUUUAGUGCACAGAUUCUUAGUACAUCAGAUUUACAUCAUGUGGCAUGGAGUACGGAACCCUAACCUGAAAUGUAAUGUACAAACUUCACAACUUUGACCUUUUCAGGUGUCUCUCAUCUUCUUUAUUUUUUAAGUUUUAUAUUCAGAUUUCUCUCUGGGGAUUGGUGAUUUGUAUUUAUGUAUAACAAUAUAAUGUAAUAUUUUGGUGGUUUUUCAAAUAAAAUGUAUUUAAAGAUU